CAAGUUUAAUAAGAGAUUACUUAAAGGUAAGGCUGCUUACAUCUUAAUUAAUAUUUCACAUUCUUUUAUUUAUCCAAAUAUAAUAUCCCACCUGCUAUAUAAUAGCCCUCUCCUACCACUCUUCUUUCCCCCCAUACUACCAAGACUAAAUAUUUAAUUUAAGAGAGAGAAAAUCAGUGAGAGAAAAAUGAUCAAGUUAAGGUCAAAGAUGUUCUACAGAUGCAGCUCCAAGCUAGGAAGUGGCGGCGGCGGGGGUGGUGGUGCCGCCACACACGUCGGCGGCGGCGAGAUCAAAUGGGAAUUAAGGCCCGGCGGCAUGCUUGUCCAGAAACGAGAGAGUAACGAAAACUCCGGCGAAGUCAUGAUCACAAUUCGAGUCUCGACCGUCUCAAAAUGGCAUGAUAUUUCAGUUCAACCAACUUCAACAUUUGGAGAAUUAAAGAUUUUAUUGUCAAUAUUGACAAAUUUGGAGCCACAAGAGCAAAGAAUUUUAUUCAAAGGGAAAGAAAGAGAGGAUAAUGAACACUUGCAUAUGAUUGGUGUAAGAGACAAGGACAAAGUUCUAAUGUUGGAAGACCCGGCAAUCAAAGAGAGGAAGCUUCUCGGGUUGACCCGAACCGGAGGAAUCGGGUCACCUUAUUGCACUAUUAGUGUCUAAGUAAUCACACACUAAUUAAACCAUAAUCAAGUUUAGGAGGGUGCAUGCCUGUUUUUCUAUCUUCAACUAACAACAACCAAAAAAAAAAGUUAAUAUUGUUUGUUUUUAAGUGUUAAUGAUGAUUAUGUUUGGUAAUUAACUUGGCUUAAGUGGGGGGACUUAGUUUUUUUUAUUGUAAGAUACCCUUGUCGGCUUGGAUAUAAUUAAAUGUAAGCUGAUGAUUGUCCAAGUCAUUCUGAAUUAGUUUUGUAUUAGGGUGUGUUUAUGUAUGAAAUUAUGUUGUUUUCUCUCUC